GGAACGGCUGGAGUUCCCUGGUUUGUGUGUGAGGCUGAGUCCCGUUACCGCUUUACUCUGCUUGUGUCUUAUAUUACAGCAAUGCUGCCUGCACAUCAGUGGCCAGAGAGGGGAGAAGGGAGGAAAAGCCUGUUUACACAGAAAGCAAAUCGCCUGGGGAAUAAUGCAGGAAAGGAAGUGAGCCGGCUCUCUGUCUGACUGCCCUAACUUCCUGCUCUCUCUCUCUCUCUCUCUCUCUCUCUCACACACACACACACACACACACACACACACACACACACACACACACACACACACACACACACACACACACAAACACACACUAGCGAGGAGGGGGGGUGGAAGGCAGAAAGAAACAAGGGGAAAAAUCAGGGUCUCAUUACAAGAGCAACAGAGCGUUUUAGAGGACUGUCAGCAUGGAAAACCGGGGGAUUCUACGCAGCUCUCUUUAAAGCGGCGAGAAGAGGCUGGAGAGAAGCCCACCAGACCUGACGCUGGGGCACUGCUGUAUCCUGUUUGUUCUUCAGGGAUCUAAUGUCCUGUCUCCUGUUCCACAGUGUUGACUUUUCUACUUCUGAAGAAUUAGAGGUUAUUUAUUCUGUGAGGGCCUCAAAGUUAUGCAGCAUAUCUUCUAUGACAUUUGUUUUUGGUAGUGAUUCUCAUCCACUGGGCUUGUUCCUUUGUUUAUCUUCCUUAUGGAAAAUUGUUUCUGUUGAAGCAUCUUCUUUGUCUCAUCUGGCAUGGAGAGUGCAAUCACACUGUGGCAAUUCCUGUUGCAGUUGCUUCUUGAUCAGAAACAUGAACACCUGAUUUGUUGGACAUCCAAUGAUGGUGAAUUUAAGUUACUUAAGGCAGAAGAAGUGGCUAAGCUGUGGGGACUCAGAAAAAAUAAAACUAACAUGAAUUAUGAUAAACUGAGCAGAGCUCUGAGAUACUAUUAUGACAAGAACAUUAUCAAGAAGGUGAUUGGUCAGAAGUUUGUGUACAAGUUUGUUUCUUUCCCGGAAAUCUUAAAGAUGGAUCCUCAUGCUGUGGAAAUCAGCAGGGAAAGCCUUUUGCUGCAGGACAGCGACUGCAAGAUACCUCUGGAGAGCAGAGAACAGCAUAAGCAUGGCCUCCCAGUCUUGAAAGGCACAAGCCGCAACGAAUACAUUCAUUCAGGGUUGUACUCAUCUUUCACCAUCAAUUCCUUACAAAAUCAGCCAGAAACUCUCAAGCAAAUUAAAACCGAAAAGAUAGAAGAAAAAUUGGAAGAAGCCACACCUCUGGAAGAAGUCCGGACUGUUAUUAGAUUUGUGACAAACAAAACAGACAAACAAGUCAUGAGGCCUGUUGUGUCAUUGCCAUCUACAUCUGAAGCAGCAAAUGCGUCUACAUUUUUAGCAUCCUCUGUCUCUGCAAAAAUAUCAUCCUUAAUGUUACCCAGCAUAACUAGCGUAUCUUCAGCUUCAUCAGCUUCUUCUCGAUCACCAUCUCUGUCACCUAAUUCACCCCUUUCUUCAGAACACAGAAAUAUCUAUUUGGAGUCUACUUGCCAGGAUUCAGAUUCUCUUGAGCCACUGAAUCUUUCUUCAGGAUCCAAAAUAAAAUCUCCUUCUCUUCCUCCAAAGGCUAAGAAACCCAAAGGCUUAGAAAUCUCUGCACCUCCAAUGGUUCUUUCAAGUACUGAUCUCGGCUCUAUUGCCCUCAAUAGCCCCGCGCUUCCCUCAGGAUCCUUGACUCCUGCUUUCUUCACCGCACAGACUCCAAAUGGAUUACUGUUGACCCCAAGUCCACUGCUUUCUAGCAUUCACUUUUGGAGCAGUCUCAGUCCUAUUGCUCCAUUGAGUCCUGCCAGACUGCAGGGACCAAACACCUUAUUCCAGUUUCCAACUCUGCUAAAUGGUCACAUCCCAAUGCAAAUCCCCAGCCUGGAUGGGGCCUCGUCUCCAGUUCUCCUUUCUCCAAAUGCUCAUAAAUCCUGAUGUCUCAGCAAACUGGGGACUCACUAAUAAACUGGAUUUGACACAGCCAUUCUGAUGGGUUUCAUUUUUCUGGUAACGCCAGGAGGACAUGAUGAAACUCUUUUACUAUGGUUUGCACUUUCCAUUACACAGAUGACCUACUUGUAUGGUGUUUAUUUAGCAUUUUUAUACAGUGAGGGGUUUUUUUGUAUAAGAAAUCUUUUGUGCAUUAAAACAACUUAUAAUUUUUAUAUUCUGCUCUCCAAGUGUUGAACACUGUUAAUGAAGUUAUCUUUCUUAAUACAUUUCUAAACAAUAUGUAAAGGAUGUGAAAUGUUUUACUUCUGUACUUAUGCGUAUUAUGCAUCAUGCUUGUAUAAACUAUAACCGGCUGUGCCUUCUUUUGCAUAAUGUUAUAUAAAUGAUUUAUAUAUUUUCCAAUAUUAAGAUAAACAUUGGAAAGAACCAAGUAUUGAACACUUUUCUCCCAAUCCUAGUAUUUCAGUAUUCCCCUUAUGGUCAGCCAUGUGGUGCAGUAUAUUCAUGUAAUUUUGAAUUAAGCGCUUUCUAAAUAUAUAAAGAAUAUUUUUGUUUACUUCCUGAACUGAGGCCAUAAUAUUUUGGCCAGUGUGUUAAGAAUAUAACACUAUUUAGACAUUAGUGCUUGAAUUCUUCUGAAAUAGGAAUAUGGUUUUAAAAUACUUGCAGUGUAUUUUAGGGGCAUUUUUUAAAUUGGAAGAAAUAACCUUAUUCAGUGCCACUAUCUUUGUGUAUAAAGCUGAUUGUUAAAAGAGGUGUCAAUCUAAAAUUUAUUUUUGUGAACAGGUAAAAUUCUCACAUGCUUCUUAUCAGGGAUGGAGAAAAAUUGUCUCCAGUGGUGCAUGGACCAAGGCUUUAAAACUUCAACAGAUUUGAUUUUUCAAAAAAUAUUUUAGUAAUGCUUACAAAAAUGAAAGUCUAAAAAAGAUGACAGAUACCUCUCCAUAACUGGGAAAUAAAUGCCAUAAUACCCAGUAUAGGUUUUCAGUGAUUUUUCUCUCUUCCCCCACAAACCUCUUUGUACUAACCUGAUAUUGAAUAUUGUGAUUAAAAACUAUCCAGAUUCUUCAUCUCUUCAAUAGGCUAGAAUUCUGAAAACAGAAAAGAGUUUGCCACUUCCUAGAAUAUCAUGACUGGUUCCCUGAUGAUGAAAUAAAAACCAAGUAAAACUGAAUAAAUAUGGGUUGCAGUAGAGAAACAGAGUAUUGUCUCUUAGCUGUAAUUGGAAAAAUACCUGAUAUAUGCAUACUUUAUGAAGACAAUAAUAAUAUUCAAACAACACACAUUCAGAUUAAAGAAUUCAAAUUUAUGUCAUAUUUUCAAAAUCAAAAUAUUGUCCAGCUUUGGCAAAAAUGACAAAUCCUUGGUUUACUAGAUUAUGAAACUCAACUUCGUGUGCAUUUUGAAAUUAAAAUUAUGAAGCAAAAAUUAAUACAUUACAACUAAUUUUCACUUCACAUUGUUUCCUAAAAUUUACUUUCCUUCUUCAAGAGAACAAAUUUCUGCUAUUUGACGAACCCACUGAUUUCCCAGACUUUUUACAUGAUUAGUAUUCCGUUACAUUUUCUAUCAUAUGCUCCCUAUCUCCUUCUUGGCAAGGAUGCAUUAGAAAGUGUCAAUUUACCACAUAUUAUGUAUAUAAAAAAUUUUCACUGCCAAAAAUGUUCUAUCUCAUGCACAGAAUCCUGUUAGAUGUUUCAGGGAAUAUUUGGAACUCAGUCCUUUUAUGCUGAUACAAAAUACUGAUUCAAGAGUAUCAUACACUGCUAACAUCCUUUCUUAAACUUCUGAAAUAUAUAGCCUAUCUUCACUUCAAAUACAGUUACACUACAUGAAAGAGGGUUCAGAGGUAGCUCUCAACUUACAACCAUUCAUUUAGUGACCGUUCAGAAUUAUAGUGGCACUGAAAAAAGUGACCUAUGACUGUUUUUGUGGCAUCCCCAUGGUCAUGUGAUCAAAAUUUGGGCACUUGGCAAUGGCAUUAACAGUUAGUCUGUCCUGGGCUGACGUGAUCACCAUUUGUAACCUUUCAAGCUGGCUUCCGACAAGCAAAAUCAAUAGGCAGAAGCCAGAUUUCUUUAAUGACCGCAUGAUUCACUUAACAACUGUAGUGAUUUGCUUAACAACUCUGGCAAAAAGGUCAUAAAAUAAGGUACAACUCAUCUAACAACUCUCACCUUAGCAAAGGAAAUGUUGGGCUCAGUUGUGGUCGUAAGUUGAGUACAACCUGUAUACAGCUAUUAUAAUUUGGAAGCGAAUGUAACAAUCUUACAUUUUGAAAUUUAAGCUUAAUGAAGUAACUUCAAAAAUUUUAAGAGCGAAACAGCAUAUACACCUUUUCUGAUUAUGCAACAAAAGCUGAACUUAAAGCUCAUCUAUUUUGGCAGGAAAGAAAUAAUAAAAAUAGAUUGGCAUACUAGAAGCCUUUGGAAUUAUUCAAUUUUCAUGCUAAAAAAGAUGGAAAAGCAUAAGAACAGAGCAAUAUUUUGUGUCAUUUUAAACAAAUUAUCAAGUUAUUGAUUUAUGCACAUUAAAAUCAUGUAAAGAAAACUGUUCUAAACUUUGCCUAAAAUGGGCUAAGAAUAGUUUUGGGGAGAUAAAUAACAUUAACAGUGCAGUACUUUAUCCUUUGAUUUAUGGUUUUUUCACAUUAAAAGUAGGUUUGUGUUCUUCCCAUUUGAAGCACAUGCAGAACACUAUUAUUUGGCUACUUUGAAUAAUAACAUGCAGAAGUGAGAUGAAAUUUAAGCUGAAGAACAGUUUAUGUCAGAAGCUUUCAGGUGAUGUAAUAAUUGGGACCCUGAGAUUUUCUGCCAACCAUCAGGAAGCUGUAAGAAUGUGAGGUCAUCAAUAUAUACUGUAAUCUUUAUACAGUAAAAGCCAGAAAAUGUACAUCCAUAAUAAGCUACAUAUUCAGAGCCAUAUUUCUUUAAUUCAUUUCCUUAAAAUACAAAUUAAAGAAUAGUAGAUUGAUGUUAAUAGAUGCUUGAUGUCUUUCUAAAUGCUGUAUCUAACCCCUUUCUCUGUCUCAAUCUCAUGUGCCUUUAUUAGUCCAUAAUGAACUGGUUGGAAUUUUACUACAAAAUGAAAUCUUAGUAAGCCUUUCCUAAUAGUACCCACCAGAUAAGCCAGACCAUUGCUUCUAUAAUUCUUUGCUAGCAUACUACAUAUAGGCAUUAUAAGGCCCCUGGUUGAGAAAGAUUGGUUUAAUUGUUUAGUUGAAUAUUUAGCAAGCCAGUUAACAGCAAUGCUCUCUCUAUAUGUUUUUGCAUACUUAUAAUGUGAGAUGCUGAAGUUACAACAAUAGAAAAAUAAACAUCAUGGCUGAAAUGCACUUCUGCAUUUUAAUAGAUAGCUUCUGGAGCAAACACAUACAAUGUGAAUUACCUGUUGAGUCUUUAAAGUUACAAUUGUUUUUAUGUGUUUGCUGUGUAAAAAAUAAAGCAUACCAAGCAAUCAA